ACCGUAUCAUUCAGCUGAUAGAGCUGGUCGGCUUCAGCUUAGUCUUCUGAUCGUACGGUAUCAUGGCCGCUUUCCCGAGAUCGUCCCGUACGGUGGUCGGGCUCGGCCUCGUCCUACACCUGACCUACCUCCUGGCCAUGUUCGACACCUAUUUCCAUUCGCCUAUUGUUCACAUCGACCGAUCUCACCCGGUGAACGAACAAGGAGACGAAACACUAGCAGAUAGACUCGUAUUGAUGGUCGCCGACGGACUCCGAGCCGACCUGGUAUUCACCCCGACUGGUUCUCCUCGAAUACCUCUGCCAUCCGGAGAAGUUAUGGCACCUUAUCUCCGCUCCAUAAUCGAAGAACGAGGUUGUUUUGGCAUAUCUCAUGCGAGGGUACCUACGGAAAGCAGACCGGGCCACGUUGCUCUUAUAGGCGGUCUCUGGGAAGACCCAAGUGCCGUCUUUAAAGGCUGGAAACACAACCCUGUAAACUUCGACUCUAUCCUCAACCAAUCAUCUACAGCCUUCACUUUCGGCUCGCCCGAUAUCCUACCUAUCUUCGCCAGUCACCCGCCAGGGGGGAAACGCGAGGACGAUCCACUAGACCCCGAUCGGAAGGUGUUGAUGUGGAUGUACCACGAGGACGAUGAGGAUUUCACUAGCGAUGCUACCCGAUUAGACGCAUUCUCGUUCGAUCGAUUUCAAUCGUUAUUACACCGCGCUCAGCAAGAUGACAAGCUGGCUCGACGUCUGAGAGCACCGGGAACCGUGUUCUUCCUCCACCUUCUCGGUUUAGAUACGACUGGGCAUGGAUUCGGUCCUCACUCCAAGGAGUACAUUGACAGCAUACAAUACGUGGAUAACAUCGUACGCAAGGUGGAACAAGAAAUGCGGUUCUUCUUUCAGGACGACCGGACGGCGUACUUGUUCACCGCUGAUCAUGGGAUGAGCAAUAUUGGGAACCACGGAGAUGGACACCCGGACAAUACCCGAACGCCCUACAUAACUUGGGGCUCGGGAAUCCGAUCACCACUCACGGAUUCGGUACCCAGCUCGCACGAUCAAGUCUCCCAACCUUGGGGUUUCAACGGACUUUUGAGGCGGGACGUGGAUCAAGUCGAUCUGACCAUGUUGAUGGCCGCCUUGGUCGGGGGAAACUGGCCCAAGAACAGCGUAGGGAUCUUACCAGAGGAUUUGUUGCAACCGGCUGUGGGUGUCGAACGGACCCGAGCUAGGUUAAUGCUCGGCAACGCGAAGAGCGUACUGGAGCAGUUUGAUACCAAGCAAAAACGGACUGCCGCUCGAAAACUGAAUUUCCGCCCGUUUACGAGUAUGCUCGACGUUUAUGGUGAAGAUCCCGUAUUGUCCAUUAUCCAGCAGCUUGAUGCGGGCGAUUACAAGAACGCAACAGAAACGGCACGACAGAUCGCUGGCAUGGCACUCGACGGUCUAGCCUAUUACGACACCUACGAACAGUCUAAAUUGAGGUCGAUUGUCUCUUUAGGCUAUACGUUCUUCGGGAUCUAUAUUUUGCUCUACGUCCGGCAUGUCUUUGGAAUCAACAAGAGCGCGCCUACUCCGCAGAGGAAUGCACUACCUGCGGACAUCCUCACCAUUGCAGCCGGAGCGACGGUCAUUGUUGGUGCCGUGAUUGAGGAGUCGCCUUGGCAUGCCAUCUACGCUGCCUUUCCCAUUUACCUCGGAAGAGCUAUCCUGGUCAACCUAUGGGAGGGAUCUAGCGGAAUCCGGAUACGCACGCACAAUAUCGCUCAUGCGCUCAAAUGGUUGGCCCAACUAGCGUUAUACUCCGGCGCGCUCGUCGCUAUGGCGAUGGGGUACAAACACCGAAUCGUCUGGUGCCUAGGGUUUUUGCCUUUGGGCGUAAGAGCGGGUUUACAGGGAGAGCUCAGUCUAGCCAACUUUUGCCGGAAGAGUUUCCCCUUCUUCAGCGCGGCUGCAUGGGCUCUCUUGCCGGUCGAGAGAGAUGAAGACUUGCGCAUUCUCAUAGCGGGCGCUGCCAUCAACUACGGCUUCAUCGUCUACUGCUUCUCGAAAAGCUGCACAUCAACAGACCUUACUUGGACGUCAGCGAAGCGGACGUUCGGCGUACAACUAUACUUCUCCGGCGCCCUUUCAGUCUAUGCGAUCUGGGCUGCAUAUAGCCUUGGUCGGAAAGAUCCUAUCAAUUCGACCGCACGAGGCGCUGGAUGGAUACUGCUCGCCUACUCGAUCUUGUUCCCCUUGUUUUCCGGUUUCAAGGCUGGUCAGAGCGCGAAUCUACGCCUCGCUCUCCUAUACAACACCUUUUCCGCCAGCUAUCUCCUGCUAUCCCAGUCUUGGGAAAUUCUCUUCCUCAUCAAUUACGCUGCAGUCAUCGCCGUCUGGAUGAAUUCCGAAACGACAUCAAGAGCGCCUGAUUCGACAGCAUAUCGGCUCAUACAGACUCCAGAUGCAGCAAGAGCGUUGUCUUUUUUGUUCUUAGUCCAUGCGGGCUUCUUUUGCACCGGCAACGUCGCUAGCAUCGCAAGCUUCUAUCUCGCUCCUGUCUACCGGCUGGUUCCGGUAUUCCAGCCAGCGAUCAUGUCGACACUGCUGAUGUACAAGAUCAUCGUGCCCUUCAUCCUCUUGUCGGCGGCCUUUGCGAGCAUAUGCUCCAGACAGCGACUACCGCCUUUUGCCCUCAUCCUGCUGACGCUAGCGAUGAGCGAACCUUUGAAUGAUCAUUGGUUGUUCUCGGCGUUGCUAGCGAUUUGCCUGUUCUUCUUCCGCCAAGUGCAGACGACGGGUUCUUGGCUCGAAAUCGGCUCGUCUAUCAGCCACUUUGCAAUCGCAUCUCUUCUUAUCGCAUACAACGUUUUCCUCAAUGUCAUUGGCGAAUUCGUUAUGCGUGGCGCGAUAUCGGGUUCGCCGAUACGGAAAAAGAUCGACUAG